AUGGCUUCCCUAACCCCAGGAAUCCUGCUGAAGAUGUUGCAAGCCAUGAACAGCAACACCCGCGUCACCGGCGAUCACCGGUCCCCUCUCCUCCAGGUAAUAGGAAUCGUACCGGCCCUAGCUGGUUCGGACCUCUGGUCGAACCAAGGGUUCUACCUAAACCUCUCGGACUCGCUCAACUGCACCUACGUUCUACUAUCUCACCCUGACACCGAUAUGAUUCUCUCAAACAGGCUUCAGAUAGGUCAAUUUGUCUACGUCGAUCGCUUCCACUUCGAUUCCCCUCUUCCUUCUGUCUCCUCCAUUCGCCCCCUCGCCGGUCGCCACCCUUUCCUCGGAACCCCCGAGCCUCUCGUAGCUCGCAUCUCCCCCUCCACGCGCCACUUCCUCAUUCAACCCCUCUCUGACUCUGACACCAACGAUCCCCUCUCUCUCUAUCUCUCUAAUAACAACCAACCUAUUCCGAUUGGUAGAUUAGCUCAUGACGAUAAGGAGAAGGAGAAGGAGAAGGUUACCCCGAGGCAGCCUCUGGCGUCACGUGACAAUCUUCCGCCACAGAGGUUCUCUUCUCCGGCCACUGCCAAGAGGUCGCAGUCUGCUGCCAGGAAUAAGAGUGUCGCGACGGCGCCCGAGAGGGAUCCUUCGCCGGCGGGAAAGGGGAAGCGCUCCGCGUCGCCGGUGCCGUCUAAGUGUGUGGUUCCCAGCCUCGUUUCGGCUCGCGAGGAGAAUAGGAAGGCGGCGAGAGAGCCCGCGAUUAUUGUGCCGUCGAGGUACCGGCAGCCUUCACCCACCGGGAGGAAGCAGCCGUCUCCGAAUCCGAGAAGGGCUUCGCUUUCUCCUGGGAGGAGGCUGUCCGGGGGGCUCAAGGUUUCGCCGGUGGUGCUGGAUUCUGCCGGCAAGAAGAAGAUGGCCACCAUGGUUGCCGGAAUUUCCAAGGUCUCUGAUGCGCUGGUUGGAUCUGCUAAGAGUGCGAGGAAGAAUUGGGAUGAGCAACCGCCGCUAACGCCUGGUGAAGCUGAACCCAAAGAAAAGGGGGCUUCUAAGAAUAAGGUUGAUCCACAAGCAAUUUUGCGUACUCAGGCUGCAAUGUCUAGGCGAUUGAGUGAUGUGAAUGGUCAAAAACCUGGUGGCAGUGAUUCUUCAAUCAGUGAGAAGACUAAAGCCGGUUCUUCUCAAAGUUGUGUUGACCAAGACAAGUCCAAUUUCACUGCUAUGGGUGUCACCGUUCAUGAGAAGAAAUGGACCGAUGGAAGUGUUCCAUUGGAUGCAGUAUCUGCGAACCUUUCAAGGCUUGGAAAGGAAGCAAUGCAAAGGAAGGUUCUUGCUUCUGCUGCUGCUGCUGAAGCAUUGGAGGAAGCCAAUGCUACUGAAUGUAUGAUAAGAAAUUUAAGCAUGUUUUCAGACCUCUGCUCGGUGUGCCAGGCCAGAAACCCUUUGCCAACCAUAGACCGAUUUUUCACUAUCUACGAUGAUGUUCUGAAAUCAACUGCAAUGGCUGAAGCCGUUGCCAAUAGACAUGAUUCUGAGACACCUGAUGACAGCAUUUCAACUGAGCAGUCAAAAUCACUCUCUCUUUGGGUGGAAGCUGCAUUGGCCACUGAUCUUCAGAUAGUAUCCCUUCUUACUGGAACAAGUGCUGAUCCUCCAUCAACACUGCAGAAAAGCUUAUCAAAAAGACACUCUCUCAGUGCAGCAAAGAAUCAUAUGAAGGUUCCUUCAUCACCACAAUCUAGCCCCCCUUGUGCUGGUGUGUGGGCAAGAGGUAAAGGAAUGAAAGAGACAGUAGAGCUUGGAGCAAAUUUGCUGUCUGAAAUGCAAAUAUGGUUUCUACGUUUUGUUGAGGAAUCCCUUGAUGCAGGUUUUAAGGUUUUUGGAGAGUGCACUGCUGAUGGGAAAAAAGCUUUGCCUCUGGAUGGUGGCUCCAUUGCUGUUGUUUUAUCACACUUGAAACGUGUAAAUGCAUGGUUGGAUCGCGUGGUAUCCAAAGGGGAUGACUCACUGACGGAAAAAAUUGAGAAAUUGAAGAGAAAGAUCUACGGUUUUGUUAUUCAGCACGUAGGAACAACUUUUGAUAAUUCUGCUUCAUCGUGA